AGUGGGCGGCGAUGUACACAAACAGUGUCGGUCGGGGAAGGGAGCGACGACGUCUCAGCUGGCAAAUGUAAACAAACCCGAACAAUAACAAAAACAACGUCAUGCGAAAGACAAUCACGCUCAUGACAGCUGACUUGGAGCCGUCCAUGACACCUUACGUUAUCCAGCGCUAAUUUUGCAGAGUAGCUGUGGAAACAGAACUGCGAAGGUCAGAUAUCAGGAAAGAUAAAUUUUAGCCUCAUAGAAUUAGUUUAGAAGAAAGGCUUAUAUAUGAAAGAAAAUUAAUUACAUGGAACUGGAGCCUUAUUGACUGCCUCAUCACUAUGCAGCCGUCAACUCUCGUAGAUCUAUGUCUAGAUGUUACAUGCUCAAUCCCAGCAGAAUAUUAUAUAAGGCUGCCACUGCCCCUAAAGGACAGACUUCUCACAAAGUUCACAAAGAGAGGAAGUUGCACCGACACCAUUCUUUCCUCUCUUCUCCACUCUCACCUUACAAGUUUAGACUUAAGGGACUGCCAGAUUUCAGGCAAAGGGUUAGCAUGUUUGGAUGUUGCCAAGCAUCUCCAGGUAUUGCAUUUGCCACAACCACCAAUAGUCAGUGAUAACCACUUCUCAGAGUACUCACUCAUCAGACUCGGUGAAGGCAAGACCAGGCUGAGAAUCAUCACCCUCAACGGCCUCUCAGGAGUCACGGACCGUGUGGUUGGCUCGUUAGUUGGGGGUUGUCCGUUCCUCCAAGAACUCCACAUUCCUAAUACCACCAUCACCAACCAUGCUCUCACUGCAAUUGCCACCUUGACACACCUUGUCUGUCUCAACAUCGCUAGAACACAGGUGACAGACAUAGGGAUUCAGCACCUUGUAGGAGGAGGAGUGCGGCACAGUCUACAGGAGCUUCGGGUCGACGGAUGUGCUCGGCUCACAGAUGACAGCAUUGAGACUCUCUGCCUUUGUUGCUCUCGUUUAAAUAUCCUUUGUUUCCACCACUGUCCUAGAGUGUCAGAACGAUCCAGAGAAUUACUCGGAGAACUCAUGGCCUGUAAGAUGAAGCAGAUCACAUGGACCGUGUACUAAGCAUCCACCGCCACUAGCUGUCACGCACCACACACACCACAAGAAAUAAACAACUGAAAAAUCAAGGUUGUAUUAUUCAAUGAGAUUACAUGGGCUUGCACUGUAAGCAGCUGCUGUUUAUUGACUACAGAAAGAACAUGAAAUUCAUCAUCAUGAAUAGAUUCAUUUUCAUGAUAUUUAUGUAAGUUGCUCAUGUUAUUGUAUGCUAAUGUAUUUCUCGGUUCUUGCAACUAGGGUGAGGCAAAUAUAUAUGUGUUGCACCUGCGUUAAUGCUCAGAUAUUUACAUUGAUUUCAUAAUCAGAAAUAUAAAGACUAAGGGACUAAUAGACAGAUAUGAAUGACUAUCAGUGUUCUGUGAUUUUUCUAAAAGAGGAUCUAUAAUAAAGACAUAUUUGUUUUA